AUGGCGUCCACCUCGGUCGUCUCCUCUCCAGUCACUCAGCUCACAAGUAAAAUUCAGUGGAACACAAUUGUAGGCAUUAUACUUGGCCUAGUCUGUUUCUUGUCUAUGAUAUUUUUCCUGCACCGCGUACAACAGACAGGGAUGGGGCUCACCUGGAUUCUCCGUGUAUUCAGACCGUUCCGUGAUCUGGCGUCUCUCCGGCCGCCUGCAGCUCAAUCUGUUACGAGGCGCAGGCGCAGGCGCCAGAGACGUGGUACCUGGGUUGACACGCUCCCUGUGACCCUAAGGCCAACGUUCGAACCCAGUCCCCCUCCAUAUGCCAUGGCCGAUCCACGCCCUUCCGUCUUCCUCGAAGACGCUCAGCGUGGGGUGACAACCAGCCGAACGUAA